AAAGAAUCAAACAGAGAUCAAUUUGUAAGAAGAAGAAGACAGUUUCAGUGAUUAUGAAUCCGAUUUCAUCCAGGCUCACCUCAUCCUCUCUUCUCCCUAUCCCUCACUCAAUCUCCCUCAUCUCCGCCAUGUCCUUCUCCUCAUCUUCAGGGUCUCCGAAAGUCCCUACCUUUACUAAGGAAGACGAACAAGAAGAUAACCUCAAACAAGCCCUCAGAUACCACAACCAGACAAAACACUCCUUCACCAAUUACGCAAGAGGCCCUCGUGGUCUCGACUGGGCCAAUCAACCAAACCCUUUCCGCAGAUACCUCUCUUCCCCUCUCCUCCCUCUCCAACACGACGAGGAGGGCCCACACCACUCUGUUCUCUACUCCUCUCUCUUCUCCUCUCUCCCUCCUCCAAAACCCAUCUCCCUCUCCACAGUCUCUCACCUCUUCCUCCACUCCCUCGCUCUCUCCGCCUGGAAAACCACCGGCUCUUCCACCUGGCCUCUCCGCGUCAACCCCAGCAGCGGUAACUUACACCCCACGGAAGCUUACCUCAUCUCUCCACCCAUCGCUUCACUCUCCGACUCCCCUUUCGUGGCUCACUACGCUCCAAAGGAGCAUUCUUUGGAGGUUAGAGCGAACAUCCCGUCUACCUUCUUCCCCAAGUUCUUCCCUGAGAACUCUUUCCUCAUCGGUGUCACUUCAAUCUUCUGGCGUGAGGCUUGGAAGUACGGAGAACGUGCGUUUAGGUACUGUAACCAUGACGUGGGUCACGCUAUCGCUGCUCUUUCCAUUGCAGCUGGAGAGAUGGGAUGGGACUUGAAGCUUCUUGAUGGUUUAGGAAGUGAUGAUCUCGAGAUGCUAAUGGGUCUCAGUAAAGGUAAGUUCUUGGAGAUUGAGUCUGAGCAUCCUGAUUGCUUGCUUCUUGUUUUCCCCAAGGGAGGAGCUAGAGAUGUUAUUAACAUAGAUUACAAAGGAAUAAGCUCUGCAAUUAGAGAAGGGUUCAAUACUCUUGAGUGGAAAGGGAGUCCUAAUGGCCUGAGUAAAGAGCAUUUGUGUUGGGAUAUUAUCUACAAGACAGCUGAAGCAGUUAAGAAGCCUUUAUUGGUCUCAAACUCUUCUUCUUCAAUAGAUGCUUCUUCAUUUAGAGAGAGUGGUGUGUUUAGCAGGGGUUUGUAUAAGGAGUUGACAGUGAGUCAAGUUGUGAGGAUGAGAAGAAGUGCAGUCGAUAUGGACGGUGUUACUUUUAUAGACAAGUCUGUGUUUUACCAGAUGUUGAUGCAUUGUCUUCCUUCUGGUUCCAACAAGGGAGAGCCGCAAAGAGAGCAUCUUGCACUGCCCUUUCGAGCUCUUCCUUGGGAUUGUGCUGAGGUUCAUCUUGCUCUGUUUGUGCAUAGAGUUUCGGGUUUGCCCAAGGGUUUGUAUUUUCUAGUGAGGAAUGGGGAUCAUCUAGGUGAUCUCAAGAGAGCUAUGAGGUCUGAAUUUGAGUGGAGGAGACCUGAUGGAUGUCCUGAUGAUCUUCCUCUGUAUAUGCUCGCCGAGGGUGAUUGUCAAAGGCUGGCAAAAGGAUUAUCAUGUCAUCAGGACAUUGCAGGGGAUGGGUGCUUCAGCCUUGGGAUGGUGGCUCGGUUUGAAUCAGUGAUGAGGGAGAAGGGGUCAUGGAUGUACCCUCGGCUGUUCUGGGAGACGGGUGUUAUUGGGCAAGUUUUGUACUUGGAAGCACAUGCAAUGGGGAUCUCUGCAACUGGAAUAGGAUGUUAUUUUGAUGAUCCGGUUCACGAGGUUCUUGGGAUUAAAGACUCGAGCUUUCAGAGUCUGUACCAUUUUACUGUGGGAGGUCCGGUUUUAGACAAGCGGAUCAUGACUCUUCCUGCUUAUCCUGGUCCAACCAGUGCUGUCUAAGAUUAUACUCUUUAAGUCUUUGUUGAGAAUUGAGAUUGUAAACAAAUCUUGUUUAAAUGAUUGACAAAAAAAAAAAAUCUUGUUUUGGUGAUUUAUAGUGUAAUAAAAGAUACAACUUACAUGAAGUCUGUUCCAAACAGGUUCUUUAAAGAGGACACCCA